CAGAAAUGCCCCUGAAUGUGGUUUCCCUCCCUCGCUCGAUUGCCCAAGGCCAAACCGUUUCCCACAGAGACACAGAGCGAGAGAGAGAGAGAUGUUGAAGAGGAUCGUAGCCUGUCAGUGGGCGUUAGCAAGGAGGGGACUAUCCACCGCCGCCUCUUCCUCCGCCGUGGAUUCUCUCGUUCUGCGAUCCCUCAAGGACCACUACUUCGAAGUGUCCAAGAUGAGUCCUCCUCCGAAAAUUAACCCCCCUACUCCAUACACUAUAGUGAAAGGUGCAUUGGAUAAUGAUGGGCCUGUUUUAAGGAGGACAUAUGAGCAGGAAGAGAUUCGUAUCUCUGUUAUGCGUUUGGCCAACUUAGUCCCUGAAGAUGCACAGGAGGAAGCCGGUGGGGAUGAUAUAAGCCAAUUGUUCUUGCACGUGGAUAUCGAAAAACCUGGGAACGACGAAGUGUUGCAUUUUCUCUGUAGCCUCUAUCCGGAUGCAAUGGGUAUUCAGGCUGUGUCAAUCAGGAAGAAGGAGAAGGUGCCGACUGCACAGGCUGUUUGUAUACCUUCAUGUUAUCAAGGACCAAGUUUCCAGGAUUUAGAUGAAAAUUUACGUGAUGUGUUUCACAACUACAUCGAGAAACGUGGUGUAAAUGAGAGCCUCUUCUCUUUUCUCCAAUCGUGGCUCUAUGUCAAAGAUCAUCGGCGUCUAAUGCGCUGGUUUAAAACUGUUGGCACCUUCAUCAACAAACGCAGCACAUCUUGAACUCAACUUUCAGUUGUACAUUUUGGGCAGUUACAUUUUCACAGACUGCUUCUCCUUGAGGCUUUUCUUGAGCUGAGACCUUGCAUAUUGAGAAGGAAGUUUUGGUGCAUACUCUGCCUACUCAUUUUUCUCUCGCAGCAGCAUAUGCCCUUCACCUUGGAUAUUGGAAGUCCCACUCCACAAGGAUAUGCCAAUAUUGCUACUAGCACAGAAUUGCUUAAACCUUUGGUGUCAUCAUCAACAUCCAUUGCUUUGAAGCUUCUUUCUACCUAGAACUGCUUCCAUCAGAUCAAUGCUUUCACGUAAUGUGUCACAUUUAUCCCGGACUACACUUUGGCUUGUCAUGUAUCAUGAGAAUACCUGGUAGAUUUGGUGCUGUCGGUUUUAACAAUUUUAAUUUUCAUUCUACUAUUCUAGUAGAUAUGGUAGAAACAGAUGGCAUUUACAC